AUGCAAGCCGGGCCGGACGACGACGACGUGGUGGUGAUGUUGCCGCGGGAGGAGCCGGCGGUGAUAGAUGUUGAUUCGGAUGACGACGUGAUAGUGCUGCCCCGACCUCGACAACCUCGGGUUCGCCGAGUUGAAGAACCGGAAGAAGAACCGGAAGAGGAACGGAAGAUUGGGUGGAUCGUCCGCACGAACUGUUUCCGCAUCGAGCUGAAGCCGGUCGAGCCGACACAUUCCCAAUAUCUCGGAUCGAUUCAAAUUACACCCGACGAGCUGCCGGUUCCUCCAGAUGAGACGGUUUUGGACGACAGUAUCGUGUUGAAGGAGGAGCAGGAGGGGAAAAUUGUGAUCUACGGCCAAAAACGCAAAGGCUCUCCCUGGAAAGGAGCCAAUUCCUACUAUGCUGUCGUUGAACUUGGUCGCGUCGCUGCGACGCAACAGUCACUGAUCUUUUUUGGGGUUGAGAUGAGAAGCUACAAAAGCCUCGGCAUCACCCUGACAGCUUCUUCACGUUUUAAUGCACAAACUGACGACGGGUUUUUUGUAGAUAUUUAUCAGAAGAACAACUGCAUCGUCCGAAACUGGUACGACGAGACGCCGAUUCUAGGGUUAAUGCGAGAUCGUCUGAUGAAAGCCGCACCGUACACCCUUAGCCAUCUCUAUAACGCAAUUCAUUCCCAAAAUCCGCUAGAAACCGAGUUCCACGCCCAAGAAGCCGAGAUAACGCGAGAGGACUUUGGCAACUACUUCCGGGAGUUGAAAUUUGGGCGUAGGGAGCCGCCAAACUACGAAAUCUAUCUCGACCAUCUAAGCUCGACCUUAAGACCAUAUCAGGCGGAUGCAGUUCGAUUUAUGAUUGAGCGCGAGCUCAUCGGCACCAUCCGCAACGGGAAGGAGUUCCAAUCAGAAGCCUGCGGCACGGAUCUACAUUAUUUCCCGCACCUCGGCCUCUUCGCCAAAGAAACUUACCCGAUCCCCUCACAACGCAUCCGGGGCGGAAUCCUGGCUGAGGAGAUGGGUCUCGGGAAAACGGUCGAGUUGCUGGCGCUAAUCUCGACGAUCCAGAGGGACAAGCCGGAGCCGCCGAUGGUCAAGAAGUCGUUGUUGUAUCACGGAUACAGAAACCAAGACCCUAUCGUCGCCACCAUGGAGCAUCUCGUUUCUUCCGUGACCGCCAUGAUCGAAGGCGAUCGAGGAAUCAAGAAAAUGGCAAAAGAACGUCAAAAGGCCAUCAACGGAAACGCGUUCUACAAUGUGCAACCGAUGUAUUCAAGGACCAAGGCGCUAAAAUGCAUCGGUUGCGGUGAGAAAUGUGCUCCAGAUCGAGUCCUGUUACCACCCGACUACGACCUGGGCAGCUUCGAGUGUCCGGGCUGUAUGGCGGAUACGAUAAUCCCCGGCAAGGCCACGCUCAUCAUCGUCCCCAACGCCAUCUUCACCCAGUGGUACGAGGAGAUCCGCCGGCAUAUUAAGGAGAACGUAAAGGUCGAGCUAUACCAAGGCCUCAGCACCCACGGCUACAAGCACCCAACCUUACUCGCCGACAAAGAUAUUGUUCUGACCACUUAUGAAGUCCUCGAGAAGGAGCUUCACUUCGUGGAGUUCAAGCCGAGGACUGGAUUACGCGACCGGAAACGUGCUCUUGCUUCACCGUCCCCAUUGCUGUCGGUGGAUUGGUGGAGGAUCUGUCUCGAUGAAAGUCAAAUGAUCGAGGGCGGAGGUCGAAAGGCUGCGGCCAUGUGUCUGAAGUUGCAAAGUCGAGCGAGGUGGUGCGUCACCGGUACGCCGCUGCAGAAGUCGUUACUAGACCUCACGGGCCUGCUCGCCUUCCUCGGCAUCUUCCCCCACAGUGUCCCCGAGAUCUUCGCCAAGGCCCUCUGGCUACCGUAUACCCACGGCCAAACCGACUUCCUCCUCGACUUUGUUCGACAGUUCUUCUGGCGGAACAACAAGGUCGAUAUUAGUGCGCAGCUAACCCUACCUCCUGUACAAACACGCCUUACCGAACUGCACUUCACCCCGCUAGAGGAGCGGACGUACCAGGAAGGGCUGGCCAUUACUAAGCUGAGACUUCGCCAUGAAAUGCGAGGCGCCGUCUGGACGAACGAGCCGCAGCGCCUACUCAAAGAUCUGCAUCCGAGCACCUUUACGAGCAUCUGGAAGCACUUGUGCCAUCUCCGAGCCUGUAUCGUCACCGGAAAUGCUCAAGGACUCGGCAUGGGCCUGCAACGGAGGGACCAAACAGAGAUGUUCUCCCCUCACGUGCUCUUCGCUCGGCUUCAUCUCCGAGCUAGACGAAAGCUGCUUGAGGCCAAUCGGGCGCUUUUUAGCAAUCGGAAUGGUCUUGGUGGUCUCUACUUCUUGUGGGAGAACUACCAGGGAGCCUGCGAAGUCUAUUCCAACGCCUGGGCGUCCAUAUUCAAAAUCCAAGAGCUGAACCGGAAGUUGUGCUUGGCGGGAGGGAACUUGUUGGAUAUGUUGGGAGAUGAGGAGAAGGAUGAGCUGGAGAAUGAGACGGCGGAGGUUGAUGAAGUAAUCAAAAAGCCGAUCAUCGUCGACUCGCUGCAGGUCUAUCACUUGGCAUGCGCUAUCCGAGCCUUAGCUGACAUAUACGAGCCGGCCAAAAAAUUCCAUGAAGAAAAUACGAUCGGUCACGUCGAAAAAGCUGUACACGAUAGAUUCCUCGCCUCCAAAGUAGGCACCCUCCAGCUGGAACUCUCUGGGUACCUUAAAGCGGCCGACAAGUACCACGAGGGCCAAGAGAAGCUGCAAGGGGACCCGAACGAAUGGCUGAAGACGGCUUUCCACACCCUGGAAAGGGACCCGGAGCAAAGAUCUGCUCUGAGCGCCUACAUGGUCGACAUGAUCGGAAAAGAGUCGGUGGCCAACGCCACGAAGUUGACGAUGAGGGUGGCGAAGCGGGCGGUUUUGCAUAGAUCCUUCUUCUUCGAAGUCGUUAAUCACCAUGGCGAGCACAACCACUUCCCCAUCGAGGGCAAGAAGCUGAUCGCAAACCUGGAGCGCAUCAUGGGUGAGGUCAGAAGAAAUGUUGGGCUGAUCAUCUACGACCUUCGGAAGCUCGUCGAGGAGUCGAUCAAAACGGACGAGAUCAGCGACACGAUGCGCAAGGUGAUGACGUGCGACCACUACCAGGAGAUGAUGAUGUCGAUGGAGGAGAGGAGGGCGAUCAUCAACUCUAGAAUCCAGCAAGAGGGACGAGCGGGUCGUCGUGUUGCUAAACACAUGAAGGACAAGGUGCAGCAAUCCGAUGCUGGUGAAGGGACAUCGCAGCAACGAUUCAUGUUCACUGACGAGUUGGACACGGAAUUCCUGAUCGCCACUCGCUGCGAAACGUGCCGUUUGGGUCGCUACAUUAAGGACCUAAAGGAGGCGCUAACUGGACGACCGGACUCGGACAUCACCUCAGACUCUGUCUGGUCCAUCGAGCUGAUGGUCACGAAAGUGGCGCAGCUCAAUUCGAGGAUGGGGCAUGACGAGAACACGAAGAAGCGACUUGCCGCCCUCUACGAAGACUUCAACUCCUGGUUCUCCUCAAUUCGCCCUCUGAUCCAAACGGGGGCCACUUGCCUGCGAGAAGUGGAGGCGAUGGGACAUCAAUUGGUGGAGCUGGAGAUGUCAGCGCGUCGUUGUGAAGAUGGGAUGGAGUUUUUCUUGCCUCAACCGAUUGGUCAUACUUUGGACACGAAGAGGAUCUUGUCGAAGACAAUGGAUAAGCCUGUCCUCCAAUCCUUCCAACUCGCCGACAAACAGCUCGAGAGCGAGCUGAAGCGGGAGAUGGCCGGGAUUUCCUACUUGCACGCUGCCAACGUCGGCUCCCCUGGGGACUGCCCUAUCUGCUACUCCGCGCUGGACAGCGUGUGGAUGGUGUUCCCCUGCGCCCAUUCCGUAUGCAAGGACUGCUACAAACACUUAAAGACUGCGGCCGCAAAAGUUCAAUGCCCCACGUGCCGCCAGAUCGCAAAUGACUACAAGGUGUCAAAGGUCAUGGCUCAGCCCCAUCUACCCAAAUUACCACUAAAUCGCCCAGGGCCAAGUCGGGCAGAGAAUUUGGCGCCUGUAGACGUUGCGCUUCCGGUGAAGAUCAGUGGGAUUAUUAUGAGGAUCUACGAGAUUACGGCGGCUGACAAGGGCGCAAAGAUCCUGAUCUUCUCCUCCUUGGAGUCGGUGCUCAAAGCCUUGGUCGGCGCCCUGAAGCAGUGCGACAUCAACUUUGUCUACAUCCGUGCCGGCACCAAUAGACACGCCAAUAUGCAGCAAUUUAAAGCUUCGUACGCGACCAAGGUCUGCGUGAUGCCGCUCUCGUCGGGCGCCAAUGGGCUCAACCUGACCGAGGCGAAUCAUGUCAUUUUCGCCGAGCCGAUCCUGGAGACAAGUGUUGAGGCCCAGGCAAUUGGUCGUAUCGAUCGCUUCGGCCAGACUAAACCCACUACCGUACACCACUUCGUGGUGAAGAACACGCUGGAAGCGGAAAUCUACAGCAUCACCCAAAACCACCUCCAGGACGACGGGUGGACGAUCCAAACGCUGAAAGAUGUUUUUGGACUUGCU